UGAGUCCUGUCACGGAAAACGUUAAAUUCCCUAAACUAAAUCAGACGCUGCCGAUGUCUCAGUAUGCAAAUUCUUCCCAGUUAGUUGAACGAUGCUAUGGCCCCCUGACAUUAGGCUACAGCGGAGGGGCAUCGAUGCACGACUCCCUAGAGCUGGUUAAAUAUAAUAAUUUGCCACUUCAUUUAAACAGCACAUCCAUACGGAAUAUGGGGACAUAUUCAGGUCAGGAAUAUAUGAACCAGAGUCAAUACGCAGCGUCAACCUUGCCAAAAUUGUCUGGCCCAUUGAUCUGCAGUUCAUCUCAGUCGUGGAACAACGAGUUCGUAGGUCAAUCAGCCAAUGGAUGGAAUCGCUACUUAUUACAAUGCGAAAUGUGCGGAUAUCAAGCGGACAGUAGAUACGACAUGAUUGCUCAUUUAGAAGUGGGUCAUGGUUGUGACAUUGGUGGUCCCGUUUACAACCGCACGCAUUGGUGGCCAUCUUUCAGCGGUUCGCAAAUCUACGGCAGUAACAUACAUGCGCUAACUACAUCCCAGAGCUCAGAUCACGCGUACUAUCUGUACGGCAGGGAGAAUGUUAAAAUGGAAGUGCAAGACGGUUCUGCCGUUUACUGCACCGGUCAGGGCUGCCAAUCUAAAGAUGUACAUACGAUAAGUAGGUACGAGGGCUGGCAGUCAUUGCUGCCGAAAAACUCGAUCGAAGGUGACAGGGAUCGCCUCAACGCUUUCACGACCCACCCAAUUCUAAACGCUGGAUUCUCGUCGACGACAGGAACGCUCGAGAGUAAUCAGGGCGGCACGGAGGUGUUCAUCGGUAGUGGCGUCCAACAGCAGCUUCAAUCCGAAAAUUUUACGAUGAAGAUUAGGCAAGAAGCAGGCCACCACAGUAGUACUAAUAACGACAUCAUAGCGUUGCCUGCAAAUGACCACUGGCAAAAUAUGACACUGGGGGCAAAAAAAAUGCCUACUCAACAAUUAGAACGACUUCCUGAGCCCUAUGCCAUGCAAAAUGCUACAAUUAACGGAGCUUCAUCCACUAACAAGUACAUUGUCACUGAAGGACGAGAACAAUAUCACUGCGACAUUUCCACGAACGCAACCAGCGAAAAAAUGGAUCCUAUUAUAUACGAUGAAAAUUCGUUACUAGAUACAAGUGGCGCUCCGAAGUCUGCCAGUCAACAAGAAGCUCCGGGGUGCCAAGAACUAUCGACGGAAUGCCUGGCUACAGCCAUGCCUCACCAAUUGAGUUCUUCAAUAAAGGCACAAACCGAAACAACGGACGUAACCCCUAUGGGCUCGGGAAAACUAAUAAAAACUUCAACAAACAGAUUCAAGGAGGCAGCUAUUGAGGACGGUGUUGAAUGUGACCGAGAACAGACGGACAGAAUCGCCAUUAUGGAUCGAGUUUCACUUCGAGCUACGAGAGCCGCCGACCGACAUCACAGCAUAGAACAUUGCCAAUCUAUGCAAAAGAAUCAACGUUCGGAACGGUCUGAACGUGAUGCGAAGAUUGCAGACUCAACGAAGUCAAUUUUUUCAACGGAAACACCAAUAGAUAAGGAUAGUGAUGGGGCUUCAAUAAUAACUGAGGAAGGCUUUAGCGAUCAGGCUAAAUUGAAACAUCCCAUCCAUGCAGUCGAGCCAGGAUACAAUGGUUACAGAAGCCUUACGGAGGACUCAACAGGCGACGGGCGCGACGUGACCGACCAACAUGCAGAACUUGCAAAUAAAGUUCUGCAAGAAAGUGGCCCAAACGUGGAUCAUUUUGAUUUCGGCUGUGAUGAUGAACUCUUUGUCCGACUUCCCCGGCUGUUCCCUGAUCUCUUUGAAGGUACACUACAGAUUGAUGCUACCGAUGAAUAAGAUGAGGCUACCUGGUGAAAAGAAAAUUCUAUAUCGCCAUUCAGUUCUUCUUCCAGAGCUGCGAUUACACUGCUGAUUGGAAACGCGUUAGCGAUUUACGAUGCCCAACUGGCGCUACGGACUAGAUUAGUUGCUAUCUCCAUGCAGACCCAUUUUAGUCUAUCAAUUACAUUCAAGUGUGACGCCCAAACAGCAUAAUACAGCCACAGUAUAAACAUCAAUCAAAUUAAGUGGAUUACUGUUCAGUACGUUUUAACGACGGCGACGACGACGACGACGACGACGACGGCGAC